CUGUCAUAAUUUCAUUUACGAUGAGACUAACGAAGUAAAUAUUGUUAAGUUUUGGGGUGGCUGACUGGAGAAAGUCCCAGCGGUGUUCUCGGAGCUCUAACCUCCAUUCGUAUCUCUGAUAUAAAGGACCUGUUCGAACAUCUUGCUAUCGCCAAUUUCUAAGUUUCAAUUUUUCAUCUCGAACCCUACGUCAAACACAAAUGUCCUCCAAAAAAUCCAUCGAACCAGUGGCCCUCGACCAACUCCUAAAAAAGCCUCAUCAAUUCUUCCAGAAUCGUGCCCCUCCUAGGUUCGGACACGAAUUCCUUCAGUACUAUAGCUUCAACAAGGGGUUCCUUAACCUCAACAACGGAUCAUUCGGCGCUCUUCCUAUAGUCAUUACCGAUGCUUGCAAUGAACUGACUGUAUGGCAGGAAGACAAUACUGAUUAUUACUAUCGUAUCGGGUUCAUCCCGCCUCUUAUCGGCGUUCGGGAGCAACUCGCCCGGUUCGUAGGUGCCUCGGACGUUGACGAGAUCGUCAUGACCGCUAAUACGUCAACUGGGAUGGGUCUUGUUUUGAGGAACUUCCUCUGGAAAUCCGGCGAUAUUAUCAUACGCUUCAACACCACCUAUGGUACAGUCUACAAGACUAUCCAAUACAUCCAUGAUACGAAUCCGGAUGUCGAGAUUUCUCAGUAUGAACUCCUCUUCCCGACUACGCGCGAGGCUAUCCUCGAAGGGUGGCAGAGACAUAUCCAUAACGUUAAGCGGAACGCUCCUCAGGGGAGUAAGAUCGUUGCUGUUGUUGAUUCGAUUGUUGCCAACCCUGGAGCGUCGAUGCCCUGGAAGGAGAUGGUCAGGAUCUGUAAGGAUGCAGGCGUGUGGGCUGUAGUUGAUGGUGCCCACUCAGUCGGCCAGGAGCCUCUCGACUUGGCCGCUUCUGGUGCUGAUUUCUUCGUCAGCAGUGCUCAUAAAUGGUUGAACGCGAAACGAGGAUGUGCUUUCAUCUGGUUUUCUAAACGAUCCCGAGAAAUUAUGUUGACCACUAUCCCUACCUCCGCGUCUUAUGUCAGUCCAGGUCCUGACCGGCCUGAGACCAACAUUAUUUCACAGUUCCAAUACAAUGGUACGAUCGACUACACGCCCUAUUUGUCGGUUCAUUACGCCUUGCAAUGGCGCGAAUGGAUUGGCGGCGAGUCGGCUAUACAUAAAUAUUGUAACAACCUCGCUCGAGAAGGAGGUAGACGUCUUGCAAAAAUAAUGGACACACAGGUCAUGGAUCCAGAUGGAGAAUUUACAUUGGCUAUGGUCAACGUUGUACUCCCGUUCCCGAAAGAUUUCAGCUCAUCUUACGAUGCGGCCGUCGCUUCCGCUCUCACGAACAAAUUGCUUGCUCAAAAUAUGUUUGCUGUAACCUUCUACCACCGGGAACUCUGGUGGACGAGGGUCAGUGCUCAAAUCUGGAACGAGCUCAGCGACUUUGAAAUCCUCGGAAACGCCUUUGUUUCAAUUUGCGGUCAGAUUGUUAUUGAGCACCAAAAUGCCAAUAUCCCACCUGACUCCAGGGCCAAAUCCUUCCAUUCGUAUCUUGAACAUCCAUUCAGAGGUGCAGUCGCUUGCGAUCCUAAUGAUGGACUUGAUUGUCCAAGGCCUGUCACUGCUACCACUGUGGUACCUGUUGGCUACCAUACACAUCUGGCCUCGAUUAGGCCUUGAGCUUUUGUCGGGGGAGGUGACAUCAAAGAACAGAAAUGAAGUGUCUGCAGUAUGUACAAAUGAAUUCAAU